AUGACAGAUAAUUUAAGUCGUUGUCCACAUGUUGCUACGAUUGGAUCAAUUGAAACAGAAGAUUAUUUAAAUGCACUUAAAUUGGAAAAAUGUGAAAAAUGUGAUUGUUUUGGUCCUCAUUUAUGGUUAUGUUUAAGAGAAGGUUGUUUAUUUAUUGGAUGUGGUUCAGGAAAAGACAAAAAUGAUCAUAGUAGUGAACAUGAAAAAGAAAAAGCUCAUCCACUUCAAUUUAAUUUAACUACAAAACGUAUUUGGUGUUAUGUUUGUAAUCAAGAAAUUCUUAUAAAUAAUGAUCCACCAUUUGAACUACCAUUUAUUGAUCGUUCAAUUUUACCAGUAAAAUCAUCAAAAUUAGUAAAUAAUAUAAGUCAAUCAAUAAAUAAUUCCAUCGAAGUUAACCUUGUUAAUAUUAUUGAAAAUUCCUCAACUAAUCGUCAUAAUCAAUAUGAAAAAUCCUUUGAACCAACACUUUUUGAACUUGAACAUGCAGAUACAACAGAUUUUACUCGAGGAAUAUCUGGUCUAUAUAAUUUAGGUAAUACAUGUUAUAUGAAUUCAGCUUUACAAGCUCUUUCAAACUGUGUUCCAUUAACAAGUUAUUUUCUUGAUUGUAUUCCAUUUGUUGCCAAUAAUACAUAUCGUCGUGCUAACGGAGAUUCAUCAUCAUCAUCAUCAUCACAUAACAAAUCAAAUGGAAGAUUAGUUAAAGCGUAUUCAAAAUUUGUUGAAUCGAUGUGGGCAAAACCAACUCGUGGACGACAGAAUCAAGUAAUGAAUCCAAGUUCGAUAGCAGCAGAAAUUCGUUCGAUAAAUCCAUCAUUUCGUUCUUAUACUCAACAAGAUGCACAAGAAUUUCUUCGAUGUUUUAUGGAUGAAUUACAUUCAGAAAUGAAAAUUAUUCAAACAGAUUCAGAUGAUAAAUAUCGAAGUGAAAGUAGUAGUACAGAAAGUAGUGAAAUGGCAAUUCUCAUACCUAAUCGAAAUGUUGAAUCUGAAUAUGAAACAUGUAAUUCUGAUGUUCAAUCAAGUACAGAUGAUAAUAGUAAUGAUGAUGAAAAAAGUAAAUAUUCAUCAUUAAAUGAACUUGAACAAUAUUCUAAAAGAAAAUUAUAUCGAGAAAAAUCUAAAUCAUUAAGUCGAAGUGAUUCUGGUAUUUCAUUUAAUACAAAUAAACAAUCUGAAACACAAUUAAAUAUAUUUGAAAAAAGUAAAAGUAAAGUUUAUUCAUUUGAGAAAAAGUCAAAAGUAAAAUAUUCUCAAUCAAUAAUUUCAUCAAUAUUUGAUGGACGUAUUCAAAGUCAAAUUGAAUGUUUAACAUGUAAUCGUCGAUCAACAACUAUUGAAACAUUUCAAGAUCUUUCAUUACCAAUUCCAUCAAGAGAACAACUUGAAAAAUUUCAUUCAAUACAAAUUGGAAAUGAUGAAUCAAUUUUAACAACAAAUCAACAAAUAUUUGAUCAAAAUAAAAAUGAUUCAUGGUUUUCAUGGUUUUAUUCAAUAUUUAAAAAUAUGUGGUCAUUGAAUAUAUGGGGUCCAUCAUUAACAUUACAAGAUUGUCUACAAGCAUUUUUUCAAGCUGAUGAACUUACUGGAGAUAAUAUGUAUAGUUGUGAAAAAUGUGGAAAAUUAAGAAAUGGAAUCAAAUAUUGUAAAGUCAUUGAAUUACCUGAAGUUUUAUGUAUUCAUUUAAAACGUUUUCGUCAUGAUUCAAUGAUAUAUACAAAAAUCGGAAGUUAUGUAUCAUUUCCACUUGUUGAUCUUGAUAUGACUUCAUUUAUUCAUAAAGAUUGUCGAAGUAAAAUUCAUUUGUAUGAUUUAUUUUCAUGUAUUGUUCAUUAUGGUCGAGCGGGUAGUGGUCAUUAUACAACGUAUGGAUUAAAUGGUCUUAGUGGACAAUGGUAUGAAUAUGAUGAUGAAAAUGUUCGACAAGUUGAUCCAGCAACUGUUCAAAAUGCUGAAGCAUAUGUUCUUUUUUAUAGAAAAAAAGAAUCAAAUAUAACAACUGAAAAAUAUGAAACAAUUCGACAUUUAUUAUCAAGAGAUCAAGAAUAUCUUUUACCAUAUUACAUAUCUCGUUCAUGGAUAAAUCGUCUUUUUUAUUUUGCUGAACCAGGACCAAUAACAAAUAAUGAUUUUCUAUGUAAACAUGGCGGUGUAUUACCACAUUAUUGGAGUGUUAUUAAUGAUCUCGUUUGUCCAGUUCCUGAAAGUGUUUGGCAAUAUUUAUCUGAAAAAUAUGAUGGAUCUCCAGUGUGUAAUAUAUUAUAUCCAUGUAGAAAAUGUCAAUUAGAAGAUGAAAAUUUAAAAUGUCGACAACGUUUAGAAAAAAAUACAUUUUUACAAUUGAAAAGAUCUGAGAAAGAUAAUGAUGCUAUUUAUGCACUAAGUCCAAAUUGGUUUCGAGAUUGGGAAAAUUUUGUUUGUGAAAGAUCAUCAGAACCACCAGGUCCAAUAUCAAAUACAGGAAUAUCAAUAACAAAAAAUGGUGUUAGUCGUUUAAUACGACGUGAUUGUAAUCAUUUACAAAUAAAUGAAUCGAGAUGGAAUUUUUUCUAUUCAAUAUAUGGUGGUGGACCUGAAUUAUUAAUUCGUUCAAAUUCUACAACAAAUUCAAAUCUAAAUAUUGAUGAACAAAUAUCAUUGAACAAUAAACCUGCAGUGACUUUCGUUUAA